AUGAUAGACAAGUCGCGAUUUACCUGUGGCGCUGUCCGCAACGAUUUUGGAAAGAGAAGAGAAACUAAGCCAGCGGGCAAAACCGAACUAGCGUGCUUUGGACACGACCGCCGCUUUAGACCACUCGGCCAUGCGGGCACAUUUGAAAAAGGUUGCCACGUGAAUGAAGAGAGACCAGCCGGCUCAACCGCCGAAGGCGGGGGAGACAUGCUGGUUAUCGUAAUAAUCUUACAAGGGAAGUUCAUGACGAGAAACGAACUCCCUUACCGACGUGAAGAACCCCUUCUCCACGACAAAUUCGCCGCCCCCGUCGGCUACCGGCCGAGCCCACAAAUCCCAUAUCGAACGACCAGUAUAACCCAAUAUCGUGAGACCAGUGCCUAA